UCAGCAUCAGUGUUCUCGGGGUUUCGACAGCGUAUAGUGUGUUUGAAACGCUAAGUGCUUUUUUCCAGUUUUCUUCCCUUGUAAGUCAAAAACAAAAACACAAACACCAUGGACGCCAUCAAGAAGAAGAUGCAAGCGAUGAAGCUUGAGAAGGAUAACGCCAUUGACAAGGCCGACACCUGCGAGAACCAAGCCAAGGAUGCCAACUCCCGCGCCGACAAACUGAACGAGGAGGUGCGCGAUCUGGAGAAGAAGUUCGUCCAGGUGGAGAUCGAUCUGGUUACCGCCAAGGAGCAGCUGGAGAAGGCCAACACCGAGCUGGAGGAGAAGGAGAAACUCCUGACCGCCACCGAGUCCGAGGUGGCCACCCAGAACCGCAAGGUGCAACAGAUUGAGGAGGAUCUGGAGAAGUCCGAGGAGCGCUCGACCACCGCCCAACAGAAGCUGCUGGAGGCCACCCAGUCGGCCGAUGAGAACAACCGCAUGUGCAAGGUGCUGGAGAACCGUUCCCAGCAGGAUGAGGAGCGCAUGGACCAGCUGACCAACCAGUUGAAGGAGGCCCGCAUGCUGGCUGAGGAUGCCGAUACCAAGUCCGACGAGGUCUCCCGCAAGCUGGCCUUCGUUGAAGACGAGCUGGAGGUGGCUGAGGAUCGUGUCCGCUCCGGCGAGUCCAAGAUCAUGGAGCUGGAGGAGGAGCUGAAGGUUGUCGGCAACUCCCUGAAGUCCCUGGAGGUGUCCGAGGAGAAGGCCAACCAGCGCGUGGAGGAGUUCAAGCGCGAGAUGAAGACCCUGUCCAUCAAGUUGAAGGAGGCCGAGCAGCGCGCCGAGCACGCCGAGAAGCAAGUGAAGCGCCUGCAGAAGGAGGUCGACAGGCUAGAGGACCGUCUCUUCAAUGAGAAGGAAAAAUACAAAGCAAUCUGCGACGAUUUGGACCAGACAUUUGCCGAACUUACUGGAUAUUAAAAAAGAUCACAAACAGAACUCACACAAUGCCCUUGCCUCCCCCCCCCCCCAACCGCCCCUUGCCCAACUCCCCCAAAAAAAGGAACACUCUCAGUACAUCCCGAAUCCCACACAGUUUAUUAUAUAUAUAUAUAUAUAUUCUAUAUUAUAUUUUUGGAACGAUUCCCCCAACAGUUUCAGUGUAUUUACCACCCAGCCCAACACGCCACACUUAUCUAUACACUGUAAAUAAUCUGUUUAGUCCCGCUUGAAUGUGGCCACACCCACACGACCAGUUCCCUACGCCAGUACACUGUAAAAAUAAGUUCAGAUCAAGCCAAACCAAGUUGCAACUGUAGUUAAUACAGACGAGUUGGGCAUCAACAAGGACAGGUACAAGUCCCUGGCCGACGAGAUGGACUCCACAUUCGCCGAAUUGGCUGGCUACUAAGUUGGCCAACAGUCCCAUUAUACCAAAUCCACACCAGCAGCGGAGGAAGAUGGAGACGACGACGAGAUGGAGAACUCUACUAAUUGUAAACGAAUAUCUCAAAUUGAUUUGGCCAACACGAAGAUCGGCGGCCGCAGAUACCAAGAACAACAACCAUUGUGUAUGCAAUUCUUUAUAAAUCUAUAUAUUUCAUAAUAAAUAAAUAACAACAACAAACAGAUCAACAACAGCAACAAAGCCAACGAGCAUAGAAAGCAAAUGGAAAUUCUUUUGUUUUAUAAAAAAUAAAAUUAUCUAAAGUCAAAAGUAGCAGAAUGUAUAAAGUAAACAAAACGAAAACAAGAACACGAAUUUUGUAUUUUUAAAAUCAAUGUUUAAAAAUAUUAAGAAGCGCUUGCAGUCAGGCAAUAAGAGCGAGAGAGCUAGAGAGAGUGCCCAGGAAAGAGACGGGGCUAAAUUUAAAAUUUUAAGAUCGCGCUGCCUGCUUUACUUUCAGUUUAUAUCUUACAAUUACACCACAAACAAACAAAAAAACACCCACAAAAAAAGUAUAAAAAAAUUUAUAAAAACUUUGCUAAAAAAAAAUU